CCCUCGAAAAUAAUUAACAACACAUCAAUUACAACAAAUAAACAACUAUAUUUAGAAAUCCAAAAGGAAGCAUUUCUAUCAUUCAACACCACAUGAUCAGGACGUUAUUUAUGAUAUCAACCACUUCCCUGUGUGAGAAAUAACCUAGCGCUUUAUGACCCAUCGACAAAAAGCACAGUGUCAUCAGCGUAUUACAGAAGACAUAGUUGUCCUUAUUCAUUGGAAAAGACUGUCGCUAAGCUAGGGACAAUGAAAUCUGUACGUUUCUGGUUUUCAACGAUAGUGAAAGCAAUCCUUAUUCCAUUUUCAACCAGUGGUGCAAAUUCGGCACAAUAUGGCGAAAUUGAUGUGAAUGGAGAAAUAGCACCUACAUUGACCUUUGCUCAUCUGGUUUCAUGCCUUUGCGUUGUCCUUGGUAUAUAUUCAGGGAAGCAGACGACCAAUGCUACUGCACAUGUAAUCGUCUGGGUUUUGGUCAUGGGACUUGUCUGCUUUGGAGUGCUAGCGUUAUUUGUUUUGAUGCUCUCCAACUCCAAGAUAAAAAUUCGACACACCGAGGUCGUACCCAAAGACUAUUCUUUGAACUUAAGAGUAAUAUUUCUUUGGGUGUUUGGCCUCGGUGUCAUUUUGCAUAGCUCUGUGAACAUUGCAAUAGACAUAGAAUGUAUUAGCAUGUUUUCGCACGAUGUUUUCAUGUAUUUAGGAGUCUUAAGUGCCGUUGUGUUUAUUUUAUUUAUAAUUUUACAAAUGGGAAUCAUAACAUAUCUAAGAAAUUAUCAUUUCAAGAAAUCAGUCAAAAUUAAUUUUGCAGUGGUGUUUAUUUCGCUUGCGAAUUUUGCAGUGUGGUUCAAUUCUGUGGUGAGCAGCAUAAACAACACUUACAACACUAAUCCGAAUGCAACAACUAAUUUGAAUAUUUUUAAAAACGAGACAGCUUGUUUUUUUGGGUCUAGUAUUCAUAAAAAAUUGGCACAAAAAAUCAUUCCAUUUUUGUUGCCAGCGCGAAUGGAAUUUUUGAUCUUGGCGUCAAGUUUUAUGAUUUCAUUUUGGCAUUCUUCAUCACAGGAACAGACUUGUGAAAUUCAAAUUCCCCUCGAAGAGUCAAGAAAUGAAGAGUCUGAAGAACAAUUACCUUUGUUACAUAUGCCCCAAAGAUCGGAAAAUCGAGCUAGUCAUGUGUUUGCCAUCAUGGUAGCCAUCUUUCUAAAUUUGCCAACGUUUCUGACAUGGCUUCUUCUCGCCUUCGUAUACGUAGACAACAAUGGAAAACUAAACAAUGCAUAUGAAAUCUGCCAUUGUCUCAACUCAAUCGCCACUAUAAUUGUUGUGUACAUAGCCUUUGACCACUUAUCAAAUAAUUAUUCCAUCUAUGAGCAUCAGAAUUCUCUUACAACCAGCGAGUCAAUUUUGGUCUUUAGUUCCGCAGGUGUAGUAGCAUACAACACCUAUGGACUACUGUUUGCUGUGCAAUCAAGAGUUGAAGACAAUAUGUCUCUUCUUUUCCGAAGCAUUGUUGCAAUAUUAGAGACCUUCUUACAGACAUCUCUGUUGAUACAGUGUCAGCGAUACGUGUUGUCAGAACGAAGAUCCAAGCUUCUCUCCUCCUUUGCAUUAGUUUUGACAAUAACAAACUUAAUCAAUUGGUUCCUUUACUCUAUAUAUCAAAAUGUACCGACGGAGGGACGGGAAAAAAUUGUUGGCAAUAAACGAAAUUGGGCAUAUGUUAACAACAUUCUUGUUCCAUUGCUCAUCUUCUACAGGUUUACCUCGGCUAUGAAUUCAUAUGCCCUCUAUCAUCAGAUAAAACCAUGAUUUUAACAUUACUUGAUGAAGUUAUAAUGUGCUCAUGUUUUCAUGUAAAUGAUUUGAAAAUAAAUAUCAAAUUGCAUAUUCAUA